CUGCACAGCGCACUCUAAGUUGGAUCUUCCCCGUAUUGACGGAAACCAGAAAACAUAUAAAAGUAUGACGAUCUAUAGAAUAAGAAAAAUGAGCUUUUUUCGUGUCUGGACGUUUCCCGUGUUAGUGGCCGUGGUGUGUGCGCAGAGAGUUAAUGAUCCAAGCAAUAUGUCACUUGUGAAAGAAACUGUCGAUAGACUAUUAAAAGGAUAUGACAUUCGCCUGAGGCCAGAUUUUGGAGGUCCCCCAGUUGGAGUGGGGAUGAAUAUAGACAUAGCCAGCAUAGACAUGGUCUCAGAAGUUAAUAUGGACUACACACUGACUAUGUAUUUUCAGCAAGCUUGGAGAGAUAAACGUCUGUCCUACUCCGAGAUUCCCCUCAACCUGACAUUGGAUAACAGAGUAGCCGAUCAGCUGUGGGUGCCAGACACAUACUUCCUGAAUGACAAGAAAUCUUUUGUUCAUGGUGUAACUGUGAAGAACAGAAUGAUUCGUCUCCAUCCAGAUGGCACUGUGCUUUAUGGGCUCAGGAUUACCACCACAGCAGCCUGCAUGAUGGACCUCCGCAGAUACCCACUAGAUGAGCAAAACUGCACGCUGGAAAUUGAAAGCUAUGGUUACACAACAGAUGAUAUUGAGUUUUAUUGGCGCGGUGGAAAUCAUGCAGUUACAGGGGUUGAAGGGAUAGAGCUUCCUCAGUUCUCCAUUGUGGACUACAAUCUGAUCUCUAAGAAUGUGGUUUUCUCUACAGGGUCCUAUCCUCGCCUCUCCCUGAGCUUCAAGCUUAAGAGAAACAUUGGGUACUUCAUUCUGCAGACCUAUAUGCCGUCCACCCUGAUCACCAUUCUGUCCUGGGUAUCCUUCUGGAUCAACUAUGAUGCCUCGGCUGCCAGGGUUGCUUUAGGAAUCACCACUGUGCUCACCAUGACCACCAUAAACACACAUUUGCGUGAGACUCUUCCAAAGAUUCCAUAUGUCAAAGCCAUUGACGUGUAUCUUAUGGGCUGUUUCGUCUUUGUCUUCCUGGCUCUGUUGGAGUAUGCCCUGGUCAACUACAUCUUCUUUGGCAGGGGACCUCAGCGGCAGAAGAAAGCUGCAGAGAAAGCCACCACAGCCAACAAUGAAAAAAUGAGAAUGGAUUCAAACAAAUGGUUGGUGGGAAAUGUAGUUCAGAGAGAGGAUGCUCUGUAUGCCAGAAUGAAACAGAGGGAUAUUGACGCUCAUGACUCCAUGUGGGAACCGAUCUUCCUGGACGAUGCAGCAUUAGGACUAGGCGAUUCGAAAACUAAGAUGGACCCUCAUGAAAACAUUCUACUCAGUCCCCUUGAAAACAAAAAUGAAAUGGGUGCUGAGUUGACCUUGGGUUUAGGUGACCCACGUGCAGCCAUGCUGGCCUACGACAGUACCACACUACAGUAUCGGAAAGCAGGCCUCGCCAGGCACAGUUUUGGACGCAAUGCACUGGAACGGCAUGUGGAACAGAAGAAGAGUCGACUACGACGGCGUGCUUCACAGCUUCAAUUAACUAUUCCUGACCUAACUGAUGUCAAUUCAAUUGACAAGUGGUCAAGAAUAAUAUUUCCUACCGUAUUUUCUUUCUUCAAUGUCAUCUAUUGGCUGUAUUACAUUAACUAACUGCACUGAUUUUUACGCCAUUAUAUUCAUCCCCUGGUAGGUGUUGCAAUACAAGCGAACUUCAAGACUAUUUCUUUUUUUUCUUGUAUUCACCUUAUAUGCUGGCUAAUACACACUCUGAGGAGUUUAUAAACAAAUUCUGCCUGCUUCGACAGUCACAUUUUUGUGAUCUUGUUAAAUGUUUGGUUUCAUUUUUUAUGAUGAUUUUUACUAGGAUGUAUAUAUUUCGUUGACAACUGUUCAGAACAAUUGUAAAACGAUCUUUAUACCAAGAGAAAUAUCAGUGUCUUUAGUAACGGUGGAUAGAUCUUCUAUGGCAUUUUACCAUGAUUUCUCGAUCAAUUAUAAAACGAUCAACCACACAAUCGUUAAAUUACCACUAUGUUUUCGGUAAAAGUUUGAUGUUUAGUAACUGCAUGCUUUGAAAGUUGUCUGCAUAUUAACUCCAAUUAGCUAAUCAAUUUUUUUUAGGAAGUUAAAAUCUGCACACUGCCAUUUCUUCACCGAGUUUUGCAGCCAUGUUUUUUUGAGACAAUUAGCAGACUUGUGACUAAUCUCUUUGGAGCCCCAACAAAAGGCAAAAUUUAUUAGCUGAUGGAAUGAACAGCAUUUACUUUGGCAUUUAGCAGAUACGAGUAUUCAUAUUGUCCCAAGAACUUUACUAGUGACUGUCCAGAGAUAUGAUGUCAAAGGCAGCAGAAACAGAUCGCUUUGAAAACAUCUAUUCUAAGUUAAAAAAAAAUGUCCACUUGUGACAUCUACAUGCAGGGGCUUACUGGACCAUGAACAAAACCUUGGCCCCCGGACUGCUACUGAUAGCCAUAAAGUCUGUUCCACAGUGAAGCUUACUCUGCCCAGGCACCACUCAAUGAAACAUGAAGAGACCAUUUGACCAACGUGUUAACUCUUCUGUUGUGUGAUGAUCACAAAUGACUCAACAAGCAAUUGCAGACAACACAGAAGACAUUAAUGAAAAAUGUGUGGACACUUUGUUAUCAGACACUCUGGCCUUAAAAAUUCAAAUGUAGCUUUAUUUGCUUAACUGCCUCAAAAUGCUAACAUGUUUUUUGAUGACACAAAUUAACUUUCGCUAAACGUUAAGCAAAUAACCUUAAGCACUAAAAAGUGCUUCUUCAGUAGCUUUUAUGAACCUGGUAUCUUGUUUGCACAACUUUCUUUCCAGGGUGUGUGUGCACCCCGAUCUUCGGAUAUGACAGUGAAUCCUGUAAAUCAGAUUCAGUUUAGAGCAGAGAUUCUCAACUCUAGUAUGCAAGAUCCAUUUUCCUGCUGAGUUUAGGCCCAACUCUGAAAAACACACCUGAACAAGCUAAUCAACGUCUUCAGGAAUAUAUGGGUUCAACUUAAUUUGACGCUGUGUAAAUCGGCGUAUCACAUUAAAGUACCACGACAGUGAUUCAAGUGCAGACUGUUCCAUGUGCAAUCAACUGAAUCCCUGUUUUGUAAUAAGAAUCAUAUUCCUUUUAUUGGGCAAUUCUCCCUGAAAAGCACAGCCACGCGAAAGAACGAGCCUACACAGGUGCCAACUGACAAGCGAGACCCGUCAUCAAGACUGUCUGUGAUGCGACAAGAUUGGCUGCGCUGUGGGCCUGCAGCUGCAGCUCGUUAUUAUAAACUCGUUUGUUCACAGCAUUUCAGUGAUGGAUGUUAUAUAAUGCUGGAUUUGGAGAUUGUUUAAGAAAGAUGGCGCGAUCCCAGUGCUAAAAGAUGCCACACAUGAACUGCACAGGGCAAGUCAAACCAAGUCAUAUAGCAAUAUGGCAAUAGGCGUGUAUUUGUUGCCUAUACAGUAACAAUACAGUAGUUUUGCAUAAAACACAUCAUUGCAUUAUUCCCUUCACGCUUUUUAUAUUAAACACAAAGGUAACUAAUCGGUGAUGUGUUGUGUGCUCGUGCUGUAGUUCCUGUAUCUCUCCUUUACUAACAAAAUAUUCUUCGAAGAUACGACGUAUGCAAUACUACUGUGUAGUUACUCAAGAUUGAUAUGAGAUUGGCAGAAACUGAGUGUGUUAACCGAUCUUUAAGUUGAACGUGUCUAUUUCUGAAGACUUUGAUUUUCUUAUUCAUUUGUGUUUGGGGCCAAGCUUGGCAGGAAAAUGGAUCUUGUGCGCCAGACUUAAGAAUUUUCUUUUUUUAACUUUUGUCAUUUUGUGUAUAAUUACUGCAAAGGUUGGGAGUGACAGUUUUUGAACAAUUUGUAUCCAAAUCUGAAAAAAAAAAAAAAAUUCAGUUGUCUAAAGAUUUUACACCUGUUAACAUGUAUGUUUUGAAAAUCAGAAGGUAUUAUUAAUUUUCAUUUAGGUUUUGGUUUUAAAAGCCAGCAGUUAUGGAAGGUCUUAUUUAGUAAUAAAGGGAAUUAAAAUUAAAUAGUUUGUGUAUUGUAUUUAUAUCCAUGUAUUGUAAAAAAACUUUUAAAGGAUUGCAUAAAAUA